GAGAUCGGCAGCAGCAGUCCCAAGCAGUGCAGGUGAGAGGAGGGGAAAAAAGCAGGAGGAGGCGCAUGUGGAGGAGAGAGAGAGAGACACACACACAGGGAGAGAGAGAGAAUGCGGGACUCUUGGAAAAAGACGCAUCUACUACACUCGGUCCGUCACCGAGACAUCCAUCCCGAACACAGGCUGCAUGGGAUUACGCUGGAUCGACGACGAUGCUGAGGAUGUUGGAAUCUCCACUCUAACCCCACCGAGAGAGGCUCUAAUUUGUUUUUGUUUGAUGAGGGGAAAAAUAAGAAAUAUCAGGAGAAACUCGCUCUGAAAAGCACUCUUGUCUCCUUCGCAACUUGCGUGAAGGAAUUAUUCGGCUUGGCACGUUGCUCCACUGCGGGGAAGAGGGGAAAAAUAGGAAAACGCAGCCAAUUCUGAAGGUAAGAUCCAAGCAGCAGCACCCCAAAGACUUUUUUUAAUAUUUCUUUUUUUUUUUUACCCAAACUGACUUUCAUUCCUUAUUCUGGGGAUGCGAGUUCAUUCUCAUCGGCGUCCGGAGAGCUGAGCAGUGUGUUUUGCUUCUUUUGUGUGGUGCUGCAUUGCAGUUUCUAACUGUGAGAAAGCCGCUGUCCCAAAUGUGACUGGAAUAAAAACAAUUUAAAAAUAAUUUACAAAUGGCAUUGUGAGCUGAUAACCAUCUUGACAGCGGAACAGCUCUCCGAUUUCCGGGAAAUAAAGAAGGAGUGAAGUGAUUUAAUCAAACGCUGGUGAAUUAGUUUACUUUUUUUUCGCAGCAGGAUGGGCUUUUUGACAUGUUUGUGGCGUGAACAGCCCGGCAAGACCUUAUUAUUAUAGAAGUUGGGGGGGAGCACCGCAGAGUACAGGAGGAGAAUAAAAAAAGGAAAAGGAAUCCGCACCGCUUAAGUGAACUAUACGGUGAGAGUGCGGGAGCAGUUUCCCCGGACCUCAGGCGUCAGUCCGCAGAGAGCGAUAGAGAAGAAGGUAAGAAACGGAUAAAUCAAACACCCACACUGUGAGCCGCACCGGACCACAAAGCACCAAUAAAGAGGAGAGGAGCCGCGGCUCGGAGGCAGACAGCGGAGAAGGAGCGAGAGAGAGAGGAAGAAGAAGGAGCCAUGCAGAGGCUUGGCGCAGUGCACUCCGCGGCGCAGGCUCUCAGCCUCGUGGUCCUUGCGCUGCAGCUGCUGACUCAGCUGCCGGGCGCCGAAUCAGCCCUCCGCUACCGGGUGGCGGAGGAGGGCCCGCCUGACGUCAAGAUCGGCAACGUGGCCGCCGACCUUGGCCUCACUGCGGGCACGGGCAGCGGAGACGUCACCUUCGCCCUGGAGAGCGGCUCAGAGUUCUUCAAGAUUGACAACGUGACAGGUGAACUGACGACGGGUGCGCGGCGCAUCGACCGGGAGAAGCUCCAGCAGUGCCAGAUGAUAUUUGACGAGAACGAGUGCUUCUUGGACUUCGAGGUGUCAGUGAUUGGCCCCCUGCAGAGCUGGGUGGACCUGUUUGAGGGCCGCGUGGUCAUAACUGACAUCAAUGACAACACACCUUCCUUCCCCUCACCUGUGCUCCAGCUCUCGGUGGAGGAGAAUCGUCCAAUAGGAACCCUUUACCUGCUGCCCACAGCAACGGACAGGGAUUUUGGACGGAAUGGCAUCGACCGCUACGAGCUGAUUCAAGAUGGCACGACUGGGCCGAGUUCCACGAGACGCACGGCAGCAGGGAACCCCAUCGCUAGAGUGGAGGGGCUCGGGGACCGGAGGGGUAGAAGUGGCGAUAGUGGAGGAGGACCCAGGAGCACUGUGUUUGAACUGCAAGUUGCAGAUAUACCAGAUGGCGAAAAACAGCCGCAGCUCAUUGUGAAAGGCACAUUGGAUCGCGAGCUAAAGGACUCGUACGAACUGGUCCUCAGGGUUCGAGACGGAGGGAACCCACCACGUUCCUCCCAAGCCCUGCUUCGCGUUUCCAUCACUGAUGUGAACGACAACAGCCCGCAGUUUGAGAGGUCCACGUACGAGGCAGAAAUGGCAGAAAAUGCCCCUCCAGGUACACCCGUCCUCCAGGUCAGAGCUUCCGACCGCGACAUUGGAGUCAACGGGCAGGUGGAGUACGUCUUCGGAGCGGCCACCGAAUCCGUCCGGCGACUCCUGCGCCUGGACGAGUCCACUGGAUGGCUGAGCGUCCUCCACAGGAUCGACAGGGAAGACGUGGCGCAACUGAGGUUCACAGUGACGGCAAGAGACCGGGGUCAGCCACCCCGCACCGACCGCACCACUGUGAUUUUGGCCGUCCGGGAUGAAAACGACAACGUGCCCGUCGUGGAGAUCCGAAAGAUCGGACGGAUCCCGGUCCGAGAUGGUGCAGCGUUGGUGCCGGAAAACGUCCUGGUGGACACCCCCGUGGCUCUGGUUCAGGUGUCAGACCGAGACCAGGGAGAGAAUGGGGCCGUGACGUGCACGGUUGUAGGAGAUGUCCCAUUCACGCUGAAGCCAGCUGGUGAAACGGCGCUACCGCCACUACCUGCAGACGAAGCCUUUGACAGGAAUAAGAAAAAAUACUUCUUGCAUACUUCCGCCUUGCUGGACUACGAGGCCACCAAAGAGUACAGUGUCACCAUUGUGGCAGUAGAUUCUGGCAGCCCCAGCCUGUCCAGCAACAGCUCACUGAUGGUGCGAGUGGUGGAUAUCAAUGACCAUGCCCCGGCCUUUGCCCAGAGCGUCGUGGAGGUCCACUUUGCUGAGAACAACUCGCCUGGUGAGAGGGUAGUUACUGUUUUAGCCUCAGACGCAGACAGUGGCAAGAACGCGGAGAUCGCAUAUUCCCUGGACACUGCUGGAAACGGGCCAUUCUACAUAGAUGCAAAUAAUGGAGAUAUCCGUGCCACCGGGGUUCUGGACCGCGAGCUGCGAGAGAGGUAUGAACUCAGGGUGAUUGCCAAGGACAAGGGCACACCUUCCCUGCAAGGCUCCGCGACUGUUGUCGUUCAGGUGACCGACCGCAACGACAAUGCCCCAAAGUUUGUUCAGGAAAUCUUCACAUUCUACGUGAAAGAGAACCUGGCCGCCAACAGCGCAGUCGGCAUGGUCACCGUGACUGAUGCCGACGAAGGCGAGAACGCAGAACUCAGUCUGUUCGUGGAGAUGGAUGGAGUCGAUGAGAAGAAGGCGGAGGAGACGGUGGAAGGCGAAGAUGGCGAGAAAGAGAAAGAAGAGGUGUUUUCCAUUGAGAACAACACGGGAACUAUCUACUCUUCGGCGUCGUUUGACCGAGAAAAGCUUUCCACCUACACCUUCCGUGUCCGCGCUGUGGACGGAGGGGAGCCGCGCAAAACAUCAACCGCCACGGUCUCGCUCUUUGUGACGGAUGAGAACGACAACGCCCCCUCAAUCACUUCCCCAGCAAAUGAGUCCUACACCCUCCUUCCACCUGCCAGCAGUGCCCGCACUAUCGUCAGGACCGUGACCGCCAUAGACUCCGACACCGGCCCCAAUGCAGACCUUCGCUAUGCCCUAGUGGGGGGAAAUCCCUUCCAACUGUUUGAGAUCGGCCACACCAACGGGGUGAUCACCCUGGCAGAACCUCUGGAGCGGCGCCACCGAGGCCUGCAUCGCCUGGUGGUCCGGGUCAAUGACAGCGGGGCGCCUUCCCUCUGUGCCACCGCCCUGGUUCAUGUCUUCAUCAACGAGAGCUUGGCCAACGCCACCCUAGUGGAUGUUCAGGUGGCCCGAAGUCUCAUGGCUCCACUGUCCCUGGACAUCGCAGGGGACCCGGACAGCGACCGUGCUUUAGGGAAACAGCGUCUCAGCGUAGCCAUCGGCGUCCUGGCGGGAGCCGCGGCGGUCAUCCUGGUCAUCCUGCUCGUAGUCACGGCUCGGCAGUGCGGCGCUCAGGGCAAGAAUGGCUACGAGGCCGGUAAGAAGGAGCCAGAGGAGGACUUCUUCAGUCCUCCGGGGGCUCAGCCGCAGGCCGGCCGCGGCAGGGGGUCGGACCGUGGGCGCAAACCCCGACGGGACAAGCGCAACGGAAGCGGCAGCAGCGCGGUGGUGGUAGGAGGCAAGGCGGACAGAUCCCUCUACAGCGGUAUUGUCACAGUCAACGGACUGCGUCGGCAGGCCAACGACGACGACGAGGAGGAUCUGAGCAGCGCCAGCGAGCGCCUGGCGGCCCGCUACUGCGCCAUGGAAGGCGACCCCGGCAGCCCACGGAUGGGCGGCGGCAGGAGGCACCAGUCGAGCCCGGACCUUGCCAGGCACUACAAAUCCAGCUCCCCUCUCCCCGCGGUGAACCUGCAGCCCCACUCCCCCCCAGCCGAGGGCAAGAAGCACCAAGCGGUCCAGGACCUGCCGCCCUCCAACACCUUUGUGGGCAGCGGGGGCUGCGUGGGGAGCGCCGGCUCCAGCAGCAGCAGCAGCGGGGGCAGUGGCAACGCGGACGCCAUGUCCCUGGGAUCUGACCAGUGCUCGGACUAUGGCUGCCAGACUGGGAACAAGUACAGCAAACAGGGAACCCUUCGCCGGGUGACCUUCUCCGUAGUCAGCCAGCCCCAGGACGCCGGCUGCUACGACAGCGGCCUGGAGGACUCGGAGACGCCGAGCAGCAAGAGCUCGUCGGGGCCGCGGAUCGGAGCGCUGCCGCUGCCGGAGGAGGGCUAUGAGCGGACCACACCAGAGGGCAGCGUGGGGGAUGAGGAGCACGUGGAGAACGAUGCCAGACAGCUGCCAGAUGUAGCCCUAACAGGAAAGUGCACCAGGGAGUGUGAUGAGUUCGGCCACUCUGACACCUGUUGGAUGCCCGUCCACCCUUCGCCUCGCCAGCGCCACGGCAGCGACCCCCCACGGCUCUCCACCUUCGCCCCCGGUGACGACAAUAACAACCUCCACGGCAACGACCACGAAAGCGACAGCGAGAGCGCCGGCAGCGCGGGGAGCUCGGAGCCCGGGGUGGUCGGCGGCGGAGAAGGUCAGAGGUUACCCUUGGCCAACGGGGAUCCUCUCGGCACCCUGGGGGGAGGAGACCGCAACAGGAACAUGGGCGACCACAACCGCAACCUCCUGAACCGCAAGAUGACCUCGGCGUCCUACGACACGUUCAGCAGCGCAGGCUUCGGGAGGCGCCAGCAAGACGAGGAAGGAGGAGAAGGCCAGAACCCGGCCGAGGUCAUACCUCUGACGCGCACCGGAGGGGACUACAAGACCACGUCCUGCCUCACGCUGUCACGCCGAGAGGUCUACCUGUGACGGCUAGGCGAUUGAAGCGAUCACUCCCUUUUCUGAAAGAAAAAACAAAACAGGGAGGGUUAAGACUUUACUGUCAUCAGUUUGGAAGGCCUUUUAAACCUGCGAAGAUGUGAAAAUGUCAGGAAAAGAUCUUUUCCAAAAGCUGUACAUCAAAUUGGAUUUUGGAUUCUGACUACUAUUUAUAGGCACCUAAACUUAAGCAAGCGAUGAAUCAACUCUUCGGAGAGCUCUGACCAGGAGUACUUUCUAAAAAAAAAAAAAAGCAUUUUUUAACUACUAUUGAAAGUUGCCCGCAGGCGAUGAUCCCAUUACGUCCUUGUGGGGGAGGAUGACUUCAUCACUUCUUCUUUUUACCUGAAUCCAGUGCAUGCCUGGCCCUCUGCCACACAGGGGGUCCGUGUGAAGAAGAGAGAGGAUGAGACUGAGUGAAUCCUGAUGCUAUAAAUGUCUCGGUGCAUGUGGAAAACUUUCACCGGGGCUCCAGCGGGCAAGAUUUGGACUCAACUGGCGAAUCAUCUUGCUGAAAAAAAACCACCGAGGUCUUAUCAUGUCAAAAACAGAUGAAGGAGAAGUAACGGGUCUUUGAUUGAGUUCCGUGGAUCUAAUCCAAACCAAGCAAACGUUCUAAUGACUAAACACAACGCGGGGGGGAUAUUAACCAAUCAAACUGCUGAUCCCCGCGAGAAUCUCAACGAGUCAUAAACAAAGUAGUAAGAGUAUGGCGACUGUACAGCUACACGGUAAUGAGAAGAAAAAAAAGUGCUGAUCUCUAAAAUCAGGUAUCUUUAAAAACAUUCAAAACAAACUGCAACGACGUGAAAAGACUUUCUUUUUUUCUUGCAGUAAUCAAAUGUAACCACUCAAAACACAAGGUGCUCAUAGAGCGUCAGUAGUGCCACAGAGUUCCGGCGUGUGUGAAAAUACGUGUGCUAUCAUUUUUGCCUCCACACCCAGUCUGUAUGUAUAUGUAUGUAUAUAUCGUACGUGUGUAUUUGAUAAGACGGCAGGUUUGUACUCUCUCUGCUGCUGUCCACCGUUUCCAUGGGGGACUGAGGACGCCUGCCGCGUACCCUACAGGGUUCCUGUAUCACAAAUGUUCUUUCAAACGCACAUGCACACACGUAUACACACAUGCAUCACACUUAACACACACACACACAUACACACACAUCUGAGCAUGUAAACACAAAGUGGUACAGUUGCAUUUACAGAAUGUGAACAUGCAUAGGGCCACAAUUUAUGACAUGAUCUGGUGGCAGUGUAUCAUAAAUUAUAUAAUAACUUGCAUUAACUUUCGUACAGGAAACAUUAAGCACACACACACAGUAUUAAAACAUACAUAGAGACACAAACCCAUAUUACGAUGUGCGCAAGUCAUACGCACUAUGUGUGUAUGUGCUCUUAAUCAUACUUUUUUAACAUAUUGCCUCUCAUUGAACUAGCUGUAGCAUUUUGCCUGCUCCUCCCUGCCCCCACCCCCCACCCCUUCAGACAGUAUUUAAACAUGAAAUGUAUUUAAAUAAUUACUCAUCUCUCUGACUGACGUGCUGGGCGACAUUAAAAGGGAAUUUCAGACAUGUCAUCUACUGUAUGUAACGAUAGACAAUGCAGGAACAUGAGAUGUUCUGCAUACUGUAAGUAGGACUCAUAGAAAAACCAAAUUUCUGUAAGGAAAAAAAAAGGACUCUGCAUGAACGAAAGAAAUGCUGACUUUGUUUCUCUCUUUUUUUAAACCACGCGCCUUUUUUGGAUACCACGCCUAUUUGGAUACAUUCGUAUUACACGUGUGUGUGUGUGUGUGCGCUCACGUGGGGGAAGUGUAGAUAAUGAUGGCGGCGAGGGAGUUAGCUUCAGUGGAUUAAACUGUUCCCACUCGAUCGUGGUGCGAGUUUGGUGGUAACCUUUCUCUCAGUCUCCAUGAACAAAAGAAAACACAACGCAGUGGGAGCUGCGGAGAUCCGCCGCACCCCUUUUUCACCACACAGUGCCGACCCGAACUCGCCCACGCCAAUCUGCACAGAUAACAGAACUUGCCCUUCACAGCAGCUACCGCACGAAUCCAGACACACACUCUCUCCGCUGCGCCGGGGCCGAAAGAGCGUCUGUGGAUUGAGGCCGGCGCAUCUUAAUUCCCAUCAUCAGUGUGUGGUUCUGUGGUGCGAUAGGGAUAAUAGGGUUAGGUCGUCCCUGCGGUCUUAAUGAGUUCCCUUUCUCCUCUCCUCUCCUUUCCUUGAUCUGCGCUGAUCUCAUUAACGUCUGGAUCGGUGAAUGUAACACCGCUGGAAAUUGCCAGUAAAGCGUGUCUUCAUUUUUUUUUCUGGUUGUUUCGGAUCCGAUGAGGCGGAGGAGACGCGCUCGUUAAGGACAUGUUGGUGGAUCCUUGUAGAGCGUGUAGUUAGUCAGACAGGAGAGCAACACUCAGGUAAGAUGUGUAACUACACUGUUCACUCAACGGUUGGAAAGUAGUGAGUCCUGUACAUUACUUUUACAACCGGCGUCGUCCUGAGAGGUGGGUGUGCUCCUUGCGCGUGGUUACACGUUGUAUAUCUGUAUAUACCUUCAACUUGACAACUAUGUGACCGACUCCCUUUAGCUCGUUUUAGGCCACUGAUGUACUUACUCCCUAAGCCUUCAUUACCCCCAAAUCCCCAACACGGCUGUUUACUGAGCUCUGCUGUUGAUGGACUGUGAGGAUGUAAAUAACUCAACGCAUGGAGUUAAUCUGUUCGUGGACGGUUCAAGUUGGAAAAAAAAGGGAUUGGUGAAAACAAUCAUCCUGCGGGGCUCGUACACUGAAAGAAGGAAGGACACGUGCUCUUUCUCUGCGAGAAAGAGUUGGGACGAGUGUGUGUACUAUUCAAAGAACUGAAUGUCCAGCUUGUGAGUUUUGGAAAGAGACUCUUGACUCAGCCUUGCUUUCUCCUCGAUUUCUUCAAACUGCCUGUUUUAUGGCAGUUCUAUUGCGGCACCUUUCAAACCCUCCCAUCACCGGUUUGAGGGAACUUGAGCUGUACAUGAAUCGGUGUGGGUGUGUACCUGUUUUUCUUUCAUUUUUUAUACUGCACGUUUAAACAUGAAUAUCUUUCAGUCUAUCGCAAAACAGAGAGGGGAGACGGACAGAGAAGAGCGUGACGUCUGAGAACUAUCACCCACUAAUCGAGACAUUUUUAAAAACAGACACUCCAGCGCACAUCAUGUCCCUGUCAUCCCCCUUGUGCUGUUACUCUUAUAGCCAUGUACAGAUAAAACUACACUGUAGAACAGACAACUGGAACCCAUAACAGACAAUGGCAUGCCUAAGGUCUUCAAAUCUGCACUUGAGAAAAAAAAGAGACAAAAAAAACCAACAACUGUUAUUUUUAUUUUCCUCUACUUUGUUUUUCUUUUCUUAUGGGGCUGGCUCUGUUUUUUGCUGCUCCCUUCCUGUAAUUACGUAAUGAACUAAUUGCAUUUGCUAUGACGAGUAAGAGGAGGAGCUGUCGAAGAAUGGUUUGGUAUGAAGAUGAAUCAUGUAAAAGUUUGACUUUGACAUUAAAAACUUCAAACACU